AUGGCUACAUCCAAGACGCGAGUUCUGGCAGGCAAGAAGGUUGUCAUCAUCGGCGGCUCUUCGGGCUUGGGCUUUGCCGCCGCCUCAGCCCUGAUUGAAGAAGGCGCUUCGGUGGUGAUUGGUAGUUCGUCUGCUGCCAAGGUGUCUGCAGCCGUAGCGAAGCUGAGCGAUCCAUCGACGCAGUUCAACGCGGACGCUUCCCGCGUCUCGGGCUAUACGGUGAACCUAUCUGGUGCAGCGGCUGAAUCGUCUCUGCGCGAGUUCUUCACCCGAAUCGGUUCAUUCGACCACCUGAUCCACACCGCCGGCGACACGCUUCGAAUGAAGCCGCUUGACGAAUGGGACUACGCCUCGCUGGUGGAAGCCGGAGACGUUCGAUACUUUAGCGCCAUCCUUGCGGUGAAAAUCGCCACUGCCAAUCCGAACUUGCUCCGUCGCAACGCGGGUGGAAGUAUCGUGCUUACCACGGGUGCAGUUGCGCAAAAACCCAUGCUCAACUGGAGCGCAGUGGCUGGUUAUGCAGCUGCACUCUACGGCCUCACCCGUGGCCUCGCCCUCGAUCUAGCGGAUAAGGGCAUCAGGGUGAAUUGCAUUUCACCGGGACCGGUCGAGACCGAGUUGUGGAGUGGAAUCCCCGACGAACAGAGAAAGGCAAUGCUCGAUGAAAUGGGCAGCAAGCUGCUUACGGGAAAGAUCGGCCAACCGGAAGAAGUGGCGCAUACGUACGUGUAUCUGCUCAAGGACACCAACCAGACCGGCCAGAUCAUCAAUACCGACGGUGGAUCCACCCUCACCGACCGUCCGCAGUAA